AUGUUUUGCCUCCUGUUCUUUGCUGUGUUCUGCGCCAGCUGCCUGGCUGCUCCGACAGGUCACAAGUCCUUCUCUCCUGAUGUUGGACCUGGUACUGGCACUGCCUUCGCCACAGGAGGAGGAAACCAAAGGAUCACAGCCAUCAGGGUCUGGGAGAGAAGCGGUGCUUACAUCUCUGGUAUCCAGCUGCGCUUAGCUUUCAUGUGGGCUAAAAAGGUCGGUGUCGAAGUUGGAAUUGCGCAAGAGCUGGAUCUGUUUGAUAGAGAGAGCAUUGUUCAGAUCUCUGGCAAAUUCAACAGCGAAUACAUCUAUCAGCUGACAUUUGUGACCUCCAGAGGGCGUUUUCUGAUGGUCGGCCAGCCAGUAACGAACUCCUUCAACUUGUACCCCACCUACCCGGAUGAAGAGCUCAGACUGCUGAGUGGCCGCUUCAAUGGCGCAGGGAUUACUUCACUGGCAGCUCACUGGGGAGAAUUUGAUGGCAACAUCUCUUACAUACAAGGAUUACAAGGAUGA